CCAGCGACCAACGCGCAAUACGCGCCCGUCAAGACUUCAUCCGACCGUCCAGUAGGGCGGUUCGUUUCCUUUUCCUGCUUACGUGUCGAUCAGGGAGAGCAUCACGGACGGCGCUGCGGGUUUAUAUUUCACAUUUUAUACUACUCACUCCACUCAACGGUCCGACGGUACUUCCUCUGCUCUACGAAGUCGAAUACGGGAAUCUUUUCACUUUCCCGUCUUUUCUGUCUCUGUCUCAGUCUCUCUAGAAAAACCCUAACUCCCCUACGGGUCUCUAUCUAAACCUUCAAGAAGAAAACCUCAAUGCAGCGUCAGUUUAACGCCAUGGAAGAUGGGUUUCAUCGUAGGGCUUCGAAGAGGCCGUUGGUUUUGGAAGAUGAAGAUGAUGCUGAUGGUUCUUACGAAGUUUACCGCUUCAAAGUCCUGUUACCGAACGGGACUAGCGUGGAGUUGUCUUUAAAGGACCAAAAGCCUGAAAUCUCGUUUGAGGAUUUUAUCGACCUGAUCAGGGUCGAGUAUGAUUAUAUCGUUAGAAGCCAGCGUCAGUCGGUUAAACGAAAAAGAAUGAUAAAUUGGAAGAGUGAAAAGUUAUAUCUUGAAGGUGACAUGGGCGGUAAAAUAAUGAGUCGGAUCAAGUUGGGGCAUUUUAAGCCCCUGAAGUGUCACAUUCUACGCCUUCAUGAUGGUUCUGGAGAGGUUGCCAAUACUUACGAGAAUAUGUGGGAUUUGACACCGGAUACGGAUUUGUUAAUGGAGUUACCAGAAGAAUACUCUUUUGAAACUGCUCUUGCAGAUUUGAUUGACAAUUCCUUGCAAGCAGUAUGGUUGAAUGGUAAAAACGAGAGGAGAUUGAUAAGUGUGAAUGUUCUUGAGAAUAAAAUCUCAAUUUUUGACUCUGGGCCUGGAAUGGACAGCAGUGAUGAAAACUCUAUUGUUAAGUGGGGAAAGAUGGGUGCCUCUCUAAACAGAUUAUCUAAAGUACAGGCAAUUGGGUGCAAACCUCCAUACUUAAUGCCCUUUUUUGGCAUGUUCGGAUAUGGAGGACCUAUUGCAUCUAUGCAUCUAGGGAGGUAUGAGCUAUUUGAAAAAUUGAUCAUGGCCCUACCCCAUUUUUUUUCUGAUAAUUGAAUCAUGAUAUAAUAGAUUUUCAUGGUUUUUUUUUUCUUCUCAUAUAGCUGCGCUAUAGUUUCUUCCAAGACAAAAGAGUCCAAGAAAGUUUACACAUUACAUAUUGCGAGAGAGGCUUUACUCAACAAUUCUAAUCCUGAACGUUCUUGGAGGACUGAUGGUGGCAUCAGGGAUGCUUCAGAAGAUGAAAUUGAGAAAUCGCCUCAUCAGAGCUUUACAAAGGUGGAGAUAUUAAAGCCUAAACCAAAAAACUUGGACAUUUUUAAACUCCAAUGCAAGCUUAAGGACAUCUACUUUCCAUAUAUUCAGUGUGAUGAGUUGUCCAAAGCUGGCAGGACUAUUACACCUGUUGAGUUCCAGGUUAAUGGUGUUGAUUUGACUGAAAUUGAAGGUGGCGAAGCUGCAAUCACCAACUUGCUUUCUUGCAAUGGUCCUGAAUUUAGUAUACUGCUUCACUUUUCCCUUAGAAGGGAGAAUGUUGCAACCAAAGGUUCAAAGGCUUCUCAAGAGGCAAAUGCUCGCCUCAAGUGUAUUUAUUUUCCCAUACGUCAGGGGAAAGAGAAUAUUGAGAGGAUUUUGGAGAGGUUGGAUGCUGAAGGAUGUGGAGUUAGAGAAAACUAUGAGAAUUUUAGUCGUGUCUCAAUUCGACGUCUUGGUCGUUUACUUCCAGAUGCUCGUUGGGCUUUGCUUCCUUUUAUGGAUUUGAGGCAGCGCAAGGGGGAUAAGUCCCACUUAUUGAAAAGAUGUUGCUUGAGGGUUAAAUGCUCUGUUGAGACUGAUGCUGGCUUCAAUCCAACGCCAUCGAAGACUGAUUUGGCGCACCAUAAUCCUUUUUCCAUUGCUCUAAAGAACUUUGGCAGUAGGCAUGUAGAGAAAGAAAAAGAUGUUGAUGUUGAAAUUUAUAGAGGCGGUAAACAGUUAACCUUUCUACAACUGGAAAGGGAGUAUCAGGAUUGGCUUCUUCUAAUGCAUGACUGUUAUGAUGAAGAAAUCGUGUCUGGUGAGGAUCAGCCAGUUCUUCUUGUUGGUCCCUUGAACAAGAAGGCCCUAGGAAUAUCAUCUGAUGUUAUAAGGGUUCAUAAAAUUCUUAAGAGAAAAGGAGUAUUGUGGAAAAGUGGCCAGAGAAUCAAAGUUCUUAAGGGUGCAUGUGCAGGGUUUCAUAAGAACAAUGUUUAUGCUACAUUAGAAUAUGUUUUGAUUGAAGGAUUUCAGGGGGAUUUUGGUGGAGAAGCUCGGAUUAUAUGCAGGCCACUAGGUCUAUCGAAUGGUUCUAUUCUUUCUGUAAAGGAUGGAAAUGCCAGCUUUGAUAUUCGCAGUUCAUUAUCUCUUCCAGUUAGUGUGAUUGAUUCUGGAAAGUGCCUAGCUAUUGAUGAUACUGAUUGGGAUUGUCAACUUGAGAAACAAUGUCAGAAGGCUCCCUUGAGAAUUGACUUGCUGGAUGCGAAACAGUGUCAAGAAUUGGAGGUUGAUGGGGCAUUGCCAGCUGAUGCCACAGUACAUGCUGGACUAGUUCCACCAAAGGAAAUUGUGGCUGUCCUUCGUCCAAGGAGUUUUGGUUCGUCUAGUGCUUCAAAUGACUUGGAGCAGAAGGACAUUCUGAAGAUUAAUUUAGAGAUGUCAAUGGAAGUCAAUUUUAGAAGAACCAAGAACCAUCAAGAUGUUAAACAUAUUUACUCAGGCCGAAUUACACCUUCGUCCUGUAAAGGGUUUAAUGGCUUGUACGUAUUCCCACUUGGGUGCAAGUUCCCACGCUUGUUUCAAGAAGCAGGCAUAUAUACCUUUUUAUUCUCUGUUGAACAUUCAGGUUGUAAGAAUUGCAAGAAAAUACUGCUGGUAGUGCCUUCGCGUAAGGUUGGGAAGUGGCAGCUUCUGAGUGAUGGAAAGAUUCCAUCAUAUAAUGUGAGGGUCGGUUCAUGUUUUCCAUUUAUCGCUAUUGCAUGCUAUGACAUAUAUGACAAUCGGAUGCCAUUUUCCUCCAUUCCUAACUUCAAGAUCAAGCUUAUUAUGAAUGAAGGUAUGCUAGUUGAUGUGACCAAGAUGAAGCCAUUCCUUUCUUCCGAUAACUUGGUCCUUAAUAUUGAGGAUGUCAUGAUUGAAAGUAAUGAGUUGGACUCAAUGAGGCCUCAUUAUGCAGCCACCUUGGUGAUAUAUUCAAAAGAUGAGUCGGUGUCAAUUUCUGUUGAAUGUCAAGUUACCCCUGGAGCUUUACGGAAUGUCAAAGCCUGUCCAGAAGUUCUUGGAAACCAAUUACUGCCAGGCGUCAUAAUUGAGCAGCUCGUACUAGAGAUGUUUGAUGCAUAUGGCAAUCAUGUUGCAGAGGGUGCGGAAGUUCUGUUCCACUUGGAUGGAUUUGUUAUCCAAGGACAUCUAGGCUCAAAGUAUAAGGUGGAUGACCAUGGAUGCGUUGACCUUGGGGGCCUAUUGAAAGUAACUGCAGGUUAUGGAAAACCAGUAUCUCUCUCUGUUUUACAUGACGAUGAAGUAGUUUUCAAGCGAGAGUUUCAAACCGAGAAAAGGGAACUAAGAAUUGCAUCAGUGGUACCUGAGCAUUGCAUUGCUGGCUCUAUGCUGGAAGAUUUAGCUUUUGAAGUUGUAGACUCCCAAGGUGUCGUUGAUGAAACUUUUCAUGAUGAUGAAAAGCAUGGCCAAUCCCAUAGACUCAUAGUUAACUCAGAAUCAUUCGAAACAUGUGGUUCUAUAUGCUAUGCAUUCAGUCAUGGCUGCUGCAUCGUCACUUCAAUUCCCCUUCCUGAAAUUGAAGGGUCAUUUUGCUUCAUAGCUUUUCAUUCUCGUUACACAGAUCUGUAUCUCAAUGUCAAGGUUUCUCUUGUGUGUUCUCGGAAAGUUGAGUCUGAUGAGAUUGAGUCCCCCUCAGAUCAGAAGGUCUUGUUCCUGCAGAAGUCACAAUCUGUCAAGGAUGUAGGAAGUCUACUUUCCCUAGUGAAAUAUGACAAGGAACUAAAGGAUGAAGCGUGCAAAUACGGUGAGCGCAUUGCAAAAUGGGAACAUCUGCUGGAAACUCUUGAUUGUAGGAAGACAAGCACUGAGCGAUGUGUGUCUGGGUUGCAAGCUUCUCUGGAACCUAAUUUAAUCGACAAUUUGGACUCUUUGUCCACAAAAGAAGAAAUGAUGAUACUGAUCAAGGAAAGAGAUCAUUGUGCGGCUUCUGUUCUCUGCAGUCUUGCUCAAAAACUUCCAUUUCAAGAACCACGGAUGGAUGUUAUGGAAGGGUUAGUAGGUGUGGUAGCCCUACUGGGAACAGUUUGUACCAGUAAGCUUAGCAGGAUUUUAGCUGAGUACUUGGGUGAAGAUCAGAUGCUUGCUGUUGUGUGCAAAUCCUAUACAGCUGCGCGUGCUCUUGAGAGGUAUGAGCAUAAUGGAGAAGUUGAUUGGAAACUUGGUCUUCAUGCAGAAGCUACUGCACUGGGAAAAUCAAUAAGUGGCAGAUUUCUUGUUAUCUGCCUUGAGGAUAUAAGGCCUUACCCAGGAUUGAUCGAAGUAAGUGACCCUGAGAGGAAGCUAGUCUUGCCAGAUCCUAGGUUACCGACUGGAAACACUCCUCCAGGUUUUAUUGGUUAUGCGGUUAAUAUGGUUAACAUUGACCAUCCUCAUUUAGAGAACAUGACCACUGCUGGCCAUGGUCUGCGGGAGACCCUAUUCUACAGACUUUUUAGCAAGCUUCAAGUAUAUGAAACGAGGGAACAUAUGGAAAAUGCUCGUGCUUGCAUAAAACACAGUGCUGUCUCUCUGGAUGGAGGAAUUCUGAGAAAGAAUGGAAUUUUAUCUCUUGGAUACAGGAAUCCUGAAAUACAUUUUCCAGUUCAGAUGCAUGUCUCUCCGCAACACAAGGAAAUCAUGGAGCAACUUAAGAAAUUGAAGUUGGAGCUAAGAAGCAUCUUACAGCAUAUAGAUAGAAUAAGAAAAAAUCAUGCCAAAGCUUCUAAGAAGUUUAACAAGAGAAAAAUGAAGCUGGAGAAGUGCACGGAUCGAAUGGUUUCCACAAUCAAGUAUUAUCACAUGGAAUGUGCUUCCGAUACACCAAAGAGCGAGGAAGUCCCUCCUAUGAGGAAGCUGCUUAUGUCCCAAACAUCAGAGCUAAACAUGUCUGAUUCUUUUGUUAUUUUACUCCACUUCCUAUGCAUCAAGGUUAAGAAUGCUAACACAUUAUGUUUUGGUUGGUGUCGCCUAGGGAUUAAUUAUAAUGCAAACACGACUAUCUUGGUGAUGCACCCUGCUUAUUUAUUGAGGCAAGGGAGGGUGACGUUUAGGCUUAAUGCCACUCCUCGCUGUUGCUCGAUGUUGUCACCCCUUAAGCCUAGACCACCAAGAGAAAACCAGGAGACCGAGGGAGAAAACUUAAGGGGCGACCCAAAGCUCCACUCAGCCAUGUUUUCAUCCAACCACCAGUUUUCAAAUCAACCAAAGCCUUUAGCUGUUAUGGAUCCCACAACUCCAAUGCAAGUGGAUCAGAACGAGGCCUCUUCUGUUGCCAGGGAUGAAAUGCGAAUUGGAGGGUUUUCACAUGCCAAAUCCAUUAUCCAAAGCUCUGAGAAACUUCAAGAUGAUCUUCGUAUGUUAGGGCUGAAAAUCAAGCACCAUGAGGAUAACAUAAAACUUCUGAAGAUUCAGAAGAACAAGCUAGAUGACUCCAUACUUGAUAUGCAAGUUAUGUGUGGCAAGUAUCAUUCUGCUGGUGCACCUAAGAUUGGAAACGAGAACUGUUCCCACCUUCAAAGUGAGGAGGAAACAACUGAACAGAUUCUUCGGCAUGGAAAGUCAGCAGCAGGAAUUCUGUGUCAGCUGAAAACUCAUAAUGCCACUCAGGCUUCUUAUCUGACUUUGACAAGGGAUGUACUUGGUGCUGUUGCUACACUUGGCAAAGUGGAUGAUGAAAAUCUUAGUAGGCUUUUCUCGGAGUACCUAGGAGUGCAGACUAUGUUAGCAAUUGUUUGUAAAACUUAUGAAAGUGUCAGAGCUUUGGAAACAUACAACCAGGAUGGCUGCAUAGAUAAAACUUCUGGUCUUCACCGGCUUGGUGCUUCUAUUGGGAGGGCUAUAGAUGGCCGAUUUCAUGUAAUUUGCCUUGAAAGUUUAAGACCUUGUGCUGGUGAUUUUGUAGCUGAUGACCCGCAGAGGAGGCUUGAUCUUUUAAAGCCAAGAUUACCAAAUGGGGAGUGUCCUCCAGGCUUUGUUGGCUUUGCAGUGAAUAUGAUUCAAGUGGACAGCUCAAACUUAUUUUGUGUCACUGCCAGUGGGGAUGGCCUAAGGGAGACUUUAUUUUACAAUCUGUUCUCCCGUCUUCAAGUAUACAAAACAAGGGCAGAGAUGGUUCUUGCUCUCCCUUGUAUAAGUGAAGGAGCAAUCUCUCUGGAUGGUGGGAUGAUCAGAAGCUCUGGUGUAUUUUCCCUAGGCAAUCGGGAAGAGGUUGAUGUGAGAUUCCCAAAACCCUCUGCAAAAUCAGAUAUGCCGCAAAACUACAUUGAAACUGAGAAGCAGAUGAAAGAAAUGAGAUGGAAAAAAGAAAAGUUGGAAGAGGAUAUGAAGAGGGAACAAGCAUUGCUGGACAAUGCGAAGUUCAAUUUUGAAAGAAAGAAGCAAGACUUUGUCAAGUUUCUUGCUCAAAGCUCGUCCUUUGCAACUCAGUUUCAGGCAACUCAAGAUAGGUUGACUCCAAGAUGAUGAUAACAAUGAUGUCUAGCUAGCAGAUUGAAAAAGAGUGCAGAAGCCUUUGAACACUAAAAUUUCAGCUUCUACCACCAUUAUCAUUUUGUUUUUUCCUUUUUUAUUGCCUUGGUGAUGGACAGAAGAAUAACACAAGGCAAAUAGCAUAUGUGCUUCUUUGAGACUCUUUUUUCCUGAUAAGCAUAUGCUUUCUCAUGUCGAAGUUGGGACUAACUGUUUCUCAAAUGUAGACCAUGGUGAACCAGGUAUAGACAGAAGGCAUCCCUCCGUCCUCAAUAUGGAAUCAGGGUAAUUCUAGCGCAAGGUUGUUCAUUGAAGGCAGUGUCUCUAUGGGGUAAACUGCUUAAGACGAUUUUAAUUCGCUUCAUUCAUAUCCUAACUUCCAAAGUUUGUCUGUUUGUUCUUUUCUCAUUUUGGUAAUCUGUACAGUAUAUUCUCUUUAGUCAUUAAAUACUGUACAUUUUCUGGUUCUGGUGCUUCCGCCAUCAAAACGGUAUUUUUUUUAAGAGGAAAUUCAUUUGUUUUUGUCCCGUUUGCAUCUCUUUUUCCCCACCAUAAUUUGUACCUAGUUUGUGAGCAUUGGUUUUAUCAAAAAAAAAA